UAGAAGGAACGUUCGGAUUUGUUCCCAGGCUGUUACAGGCAUCCUAGCGCCACACAGAAAGUACCCUCGGAGGGACCGACAGGUAAUUAGAGACCGAACAACUCACAUUCUCCCGGGCUCAGCCGCCACGCCACGCCCCCUGCUGCACCACGCCCCCUCGCAGCCCCGCAGUGCGCCUGCGCAGUAGCUCUUACGCCAGUUCGAGCCCCACCCCCUUUCAGAGCGAACAUUGGCCUCGGGGGCGGGGCUUGGGCACAAGAUGGCCGCUGCGCGCCCAGAGCCCCAGAGUCCGAGCUCACCGACCCCGGAGUCGCGAUCCCAGGAGCCACUGGACCUGGUCCUGGUGCCUGAUGACUGCCGGCCCGGCACACCCCCGAGUGACCUCAUCGAGAUCCAGGUGGUGAAGGUGACGGACACCACACUGGUCCCUGAGCCCCCGGAGCCAGGUUCUUUCCACUGUGCCUUGUGCCCUGCUGCCUUCCGGCUGGUUUCCGAGCUGCUGUUCCACGAACAUGGCCACUUGGCUGGGGCCGAGGGAGGCGGGCAGGGUGGGGACCGGAGCCGGUGCCACGUGUGCGGCCACAGCUGCCCGGGCCCCGCCAGCCUGCGCGCGCACUACAGCUUGCACACGGGGGAGCGGCCCUACCGCUGCGCGCUCUGCCCCCGCGCCUUCAAGGCCUUGGCGCCCCUGCUCCGGCACCAGCACCGGCACGGGGUGGAGCCGGGCACCUCUCGGAGGCCUCUGGACGUUGCAGAACAGAGGCCCGGGGUGGCCCCGGAGAGGGCGGAGGUGGUGAUGGCGGCGGCGGCGGCGGGCGCAGCGGUGGGGAAGCCUUUUGCCUGCAGGUUCUGCGCCAAGCCCUUCCGCCGCUCCUCAGACAUGCGAGACCACGAGCGCGUGCACACCGGCGAGCGGCCGUACCAUUGCGGCAUCUGCGGCAAGGGCUUCACCCAGUCCUCGGUGCUUAGCGGCCACGCCCGCAUCCACACUGGCGAGCGCCCGUUCCGCUGCACGCUCUGCGACCGCACCUUCAACAACUCCUCCAACUUCCGCAAGCACCAGCGCACCCACUUCCACGGGCCGGGGCCGGGGCUGGGAGACUCUGGAGGCCAGCUGGGCUCGUCCGCGGCCGAGGGGUCGGGGAGCGGGUGUGGGGUAGGGGACCCUGCGGAGGAGGGGCAGGGGGAGACAGCGAAGGUGAAGGUGGAGGUCGACCAGUAGGCUGCAGACCAAGGACUUGGGUUAGUUAAGGCGGAGGUAGGAGGCCGACCGGCGGGCGGGCGGGGUGGGGAAACGGAGGCAGGGGACAUAAGAGGGAAGAUUGGGGGAGAGAUGACAACUACAGGGAUGGCUGUGAGCCGCUAGUGAUGGAGAGCAGAGGGAGAGGGCCAGGCUCCAGACUCCCACACGCCCACACGGCACCUCUGCAAGGCCUAGGAGAGGACAGGUGCAGCUCUGCGGGUGUGCGGCCAAAGGCAAGGCCCACGGGCUGGAUGUCACUUCCCCGACUGCCUCUUGGUUGGCUUGUCCUUGUGCAAGACCCAGCCUGUCACGACAGAGCCUGGGCACUUCAGAGGAGGAGCCAGGAUCGAAUGGAAAGGGGGAAUUGGGGUCCACCAUAGUGUUCUGCUCUGGUCCUCCAUGGGUGGACCAGGAUGGAGUCUCUUGCCUACCUCACUGCAUUGCACUGGACCUGGGAUGCCUAUACACCCUCAGGCAGAAGACACUCACCAGGUUAUCUGUGAAGAGACUCUGGGAUCCCGUCACCUCAGAGCCAGAGGGUCCCCAAGUCACAGCUGAGAGCACUUGAGCCUCAAGGAUGUAGCCUGACCAUAGGAUCUUGACUCCAACAGCGGCAACCCCCACCCCCACCCCCACCCCCAUUGUGGUCCGUCCUUAACCCAUCCACUCUUCUUCGGAGGCAACUGAGAACACAUAAAGCAAGCAGCUACCUAGCAUCCCCCUCCUAAAGCUUUAGACUCAGAGCCCAGGGUCCCCCACAAGCCUCAAGGUAGCCUCAGGUUUCUCUAAUUUCCUCCACUCCCAGUUCGAAGCAAACAGCUUACUGCCUAGUCCCCGCCAAUCCCAAGGAAGGGCUGGCUGAUGGCAGCAUGGUGGGCUGGCCUAGGUGUGGAGUGAAAGAGUCACUGUGGUGGGGGCGAGAGGAGUUGGGAGCUGGAGGUGUGACACCUUCAGUUCUGUUCCUAUUAAAGGACCUUCUGAAGGGC